AUCUUUUAAGCUGUCAUCCAGCUUCUUCUUCAGCUCAAUCAAGAUUCAAUACAAAUUAAUUUAAGCUUCUAUAUUUAAAAAAAACAGGUUUUCUGCCAAAAUAAUAAUAACUUAUCUUCCCUCUUCGCUGCCAUAGCCAUCAAUGAAUUUGGAUUCUUUAGAUUCUAUUAAAAUUCUAUACCUUUUAUUUUGUUUCGCUUUGUCUAGAUACAGCUUCAAAGCCUGAGCAAGACUUGGAAAUCCCUCAGUCAUUAGUUCUCCGAGAUUCGUUGUCGAUUUAAAAUCAAAUCAUCUUUUCGUGCGUUCGUUGAUUAAGCUAGGAACUUUUUAAUUUGUAGAAUUAUGGAAUCGAGUGAAGCGUCGCCGCCACCUCCGCCGAAGGAUGAACCUAACUAUUUUAAAAAACUAUGGGCCUACCGGAAGUACAUCAAUAUGGAACCUUUUAUGUUCUUCUAUUUGAUGCCAAGUGUGUUCAAUGCAGUUGCUGUUCAGAAUUUCCCACUGGAAAAGGCUUGUCGAGUGAAUUACAAUUAUAGUGAAAUAGUGUGUCAAGCAAUUCUUGACAAGGAAGAAUUUGGCAUCGAUGAUUGUGAGGGUUUUAACUUUGAGAACAUGGAAGUUGGCAGUGGACUUCUAUGGAAUGUCACAAACCUAUCACCGAAUUUCAACUACACCGUGUGUAAGGCAGAACGUGAUGCUCAGAAAUUGAGCGCCCAUGUUUCUGGAAUUCGAGCACCAAUUGCUGCGAUAUUUCCCUUGAUUGUGAUUCUUUUCGCUGGAGGAUGGAGUGAUCGAUAUAAUAAACGUAAACCUUGCAUAAUGUUCCCCCUCGUUGGAGAGGGACUUCAAUUUCUAGGACUUUUUAUCUCUGCCAUAUUUUUUGAUGUUUUCCCCAUGGAAUUCGGUGCAUAUAUCGAGGCUAUUGUCCCGUCUAUGUUUGGUGGAUUCAAUUUCGUACUUAUGGCUGUUUAUGGUUAUAUUACGAGUGCUACUCCUGAAGCAGAUAGAAUCUUCAGAUUUGGGAUAUUUUCAAUGUUUCUAAACUUUAUUCCAUUUGUGGGGCUGCCAUUCAGUGGAAUACUUUUUCUAAAACUUGGAUACGUUUACUCAUUUGCUAUGAGUUGGAUCUUCCAGCUAAUUGCAUUUUUCUACGUGUUGUUUUUUAUUGAUGAAAUUCCCGUCACUGACGAAAAGGAAAAACCAAUAGAACUUGGCACAACUAAUACCGCCUUUGAGGUGACAGAUGUCACUGAGGUGAAUGGCAAUAGAGAAGCUAUUUCAGCUCUCGACGCAGCUAUUUCCACAGGUCAAGAACCUCCACCAAAGAAAUCCUGCUUAGCUGAGUUCUUCGAUCCUACUUUAGCAAUAGAAUGCAUCAAGAUGCCCUUCGAGAAACGGACAAACUACGGUCAAGCCCUGUUCAUAUUGAUAAUGAUUGCUUAUUUCCUUACUUCAGGUCCUGCUUCUGGUGAAGUGGACUACUGGUACCGUUAUAUUCUCAUCAAGCUUAACUGGAAUGGAAAUCAAUUCAGUGCUUACAGUACAUUCUCUUCGGCAAGCACGAUUAUAGGUACCUUCAUUGGAACUGCGAUUUUUAGUAAAUUUAUGAAGAUUUCUGAUCCAAUGAUUGGAAUUCUCUCCGCUUUAUGUAUUGUGAUCUCAAGGGUGAUGUAUGCAUUUGCAAAAGACUCGCUCAUGUAUUACUCUGCAGGUUUGGUAGAAAUGUUCGUCACCUUGAGGAUCAUUGCUAUCAAAGCUAUUGGCUCGAGUAUAGUUGAAGGUGAUGAACUAGGUCGGAUGUAUGCGAUAUUCGGUGUUACGGAUCCAAUUGGAACUUUUGUCAUUCCACCACUUUACAGUUAUGUUUACGAAAACACUGUUGACACAUUUCCAGGAGCAAUAUUUCUUCUAAGUGAAGUCUUUUACGUACCAAAUGUUAUUGUUUUUAUAAUUUGCUACAUUUUGUUGAAAAAGAGGAAAAAUAAGGGUGAAAAAAUUGACGUUGGUUCAACUAGACCAUCGGCUGAUGCUGAUAAGAUCAAGGACAAAGUGGAUGAAAAUGUCGAAUCACAAACUGAAAUAACUAGCUUAUAAGAAAUGUUACAAAAAAGUACAAAGUGUUUGUACUGGAAACGUUGUUGGUUGAUCAAUUUAAAAAUAAGAUUUUACUUUUUAAUAAUGAUAAA